AUGCCCAGAAUUUCUAGCUCCUUAGGCGAGGAAGAAACUGAAAAAGCCCUCUCUGCUCCACCAUUCCCUGAUCUCGCCUCCGACCCUCUGGCCGAACACCGCAUCACAGAAAUUCUUCGCCCAGAGUAUCCAUUGAAAAGAGUAUUUCAGGUGAUCGACUCUCAGCCUAAAGAGGUCCUUCCGCUGUUCGUGAGCCGCCGGCACCUAGACCUGCUACGAGUUCCGCCGGAAAACAAGGUCUUCGUCAGAGUUCUCCAGAAUCCCGCCACGGGCAGCCUGGUGUACCUCAUCGGCACCGUUCACAUUUCAAAGGCCAGCGCGGAUGACGUCAGAAUGCUUAUCGAGGAAGUGAAACCAGACAUUGUCGCUAUAGAGCUUGAUCCCGAAAGGCUCGCCCGCAUUGAAGGCGGGUACUUUGCGAAAAUACGGGACGAUCUGGGCACCACAACAUGGAAGGCUCUCUACGUCAGAUGGACGAAGUAUUCGAGUUUUGAGGAGCUGUGGGGGGCGUACCUGCAGAUGGUCUUCUUCAGUCAGGUUGUGGGCACGGACUACGGAGGUGAUAUGCAAUCCGCAAUUCAGACUGCUCGGCGCCUGCAAAUCCCCAUCGAACUCAUUGACCAGAUAUCCAAGGCGUAUGCAGAGCAUGCGGAAAAAGAGGAGCAGUCCGGACAAUCGGAGAUGGAGGCGGCAGAUCGGGGCUACAUCGAGGGAAUGUUGAAAAGCGCUUGUGACGAUCCAACAGGACCAGUGGACGCAUUUGAGAGGGUCUUCCAAGCAUUCCUAGAAGGACGUCCCGUUCCGCUGGAGGAUGUUGCGGCGUAUCGCUCGUGCAGCACCAAAGUGCUCAACAAGGUGCGUCGGAACGGCUUCGAUGGCGCUGAUCAAGGAUUGAAAGGAAGACCUGCCAGCGUGGCUGCAGCCUUUCUCGACGAGCGAGACGACCACAUGGGCGCUAGACUCGCGCAGCUUGCAGCGCAGCCCAAAACGACGGUCGUGGCCGUCGUAGGGGCGGCGCACGUCCCCGGCGUACCAAGCUCCCUGGGAUUCCGGGUCACCACUGGAGGGGUAGCGGUCGCUGCCGGUGUCGCCGCCGGUGCGCUGGCGUGUUAUAAGCGACCGCGGCUUAUGCGCAGGCUUGGCGCUGGAGGUGCUUUAGCUGGGGGUGGCAUCCAGCUAGGACUUGCCGCACUAACUGCCAAAUGGACCCAGUUUGGGGCCUACUUGGACGAGGCGACACGUCAGAUGGAGGCCAGAGGGACCGCUAGCUUGACGCCUGUUCCGGUGCCAGAUCAGCUGUUUUGCGAGACCGGAGACUGCUUUGAAACCAUGUAG